CAGUCAGACAGACGCCAGUGGAGCUGGACUGGGAGGAGUGAGACACUAGGUAGUCUUUCCAACAUUAGCGGUGGGAGUUCUCCUCUUUGGUGGACGCUCAGCGCCUUGGAUUCCUUGAUAUAAAAACCUCAAAGCGGCUCAAACUGAUGCGGAUCGCUGCCCGGUGAAGAAGCGUCUUAAUUAAAUCAGUGUGGGAGGAAAAAACAAAAAAACACAGGAAGGUUGCUCCGAUCUUCGCAUCAGCGCGUACGGCUGCAAAAAAGGACCCAUAGCUCCAAGUGUUGCUAUGCAGACAGACUGGAGCCACUCUCAGACAGCUUUACUGUAACCUCACUCUGAGGCAAUGCCCGGCCUGUUCACACUGAAAGAAACCCUUGGAGCAGAAGAAAGCCUCUCCAGUCCAGCUUGUGUGGAAUAGCAGAUGUUACACAGCUUGGAGCUCUAGUGUUGAUUUUUCAGGAUGCUGUUAUGCAGACAGAGUGGAGCCACAUAAAACCUCCUGGUAACAGCCAUGACUGAGCACAUCCUGUUAUGCAGCUUUGCAGAAUGUGAAACAGCAUUUGGGUUUUCUGCUUGUAGUUUGCUCUGUAACAAUUGUCUUUCCUAAGGUUGUAAAUAUUUUAUUUGCAUAGAAUAUACAUGUGUUGUGCGGUUUUCUCCUCUGAAUGAAACUUGAAUGAAUGAACUUUGCUUUAACUUCUUCAAAAUGAAAAAAACUAUUUCGCUGGAUAAUUAUCUGAACAGCAAGAACAACAAGGAGUCGAUGGUGAUUUCUGUCCCAGGUACGAACAAGAAGUUCAAGAGAAAGUCCCGUGAGCCUAAAAGACUAUUUCCUAGUCUAGAAACUGAAAGCAUGGACAGAUUCCCAGUGGACAUGUCAGAGAUGGACUGUGUAGAUGAUGGCCAAAUGGCUAACUUCAGCAAGUUGGCUCUACAGAGACAGCUGAUGAUGUCACAUGAUGUUAUGUCCAACAGCAGGGGCAUUUUGUCAACCAGACAAGAAGACAGUUCGGCACCAGGUCAGAGCGGUGCCAUCGAUAUGAGGGUUGGCAUUAACAUGCCAUCAGUAUCUCCAAAAGUGUCCCAGUCACCUGCCUCUCCUCUAUCAUAUCAUGAAAUCUCCCACUGGCCAAUUUCCAUCUCUCAGCCCUUGACCAACAGACUCAAAGUGGGGCUACCUUCCACUUUACCUCUGCCAGAACCAACGGGCGGCCCUACCUCCCCCGCCCAUCAGUCGCUCUGUUGGGAGUCAUCCCUGCCUUGCCAGUCUGCAGCUGUAUCCGUACCCAGGACCUCCCAAUGCCUGGACCAUGGGAAAAGUCAAGUCUCUGAACAGAAGGAGUCUGCAAGGAAGCGGCCUGGAGUGGAUUCUGAUUCACGAGGACGUCUUCCAGAGGUCAAAGCUAUCCAACAAACACGAAGGCUGCUUGCCAAUGCCAGGGAGAGGACUCGCGUCCAUACCAUCAGUGCUGCGUUUGAGGCUCUAAGGAAGCAGGUGCCAUGUUACUCCUAUGGACAGAAACUUUCCAAACUGGCUAUAUUACGCAUUGCCUGCAACUACAUUCUGUCUUUGGCUCACUUGGCUGAGCUGGACUACAGCUCAGAUCACAGCAGCGUGAGCUUCUCUCAGUGUGUGGAGCAGUGUACCAGGACCCUACAGGCUGAGGGGCGGAGCAAAAAAAGGAAGGAGUGAUGAAGAAGUACUUGGAGGAAUAAGAAGAUGAAGUACACAAUGAAGGAGGAAUGAAUACAGAAAAGUCUGACUUAUGUGUUGAGUUAUUGUCUUUUUAGACACAGUUCUUUAGACCGAUCCAUUGGGGUGUUUUAGUUUUGUUUUCAUGAGCGUAUGUUCCUAAGUAGAGAAUAUGCAGUGCUACCCAUGCAAAGCCGCUGUGGUGUAGGUUAUCUUUAUUAAUGCUCUUAAAAUUGUAGCACUACAUUUUUAACAAUGCAAGAAAAUUAACCAGAGAAAAAAACUGACCACUGCAGAACAAAAAGCACAUUAAUAACUUAGUAAUCAGUAAAAAAAAAAAAAGUGAUUUAUUGAAUGCAGAUGCAUUUUUUGGAUUUACAGAUUUCACUAACCUUUUUUGGGCUUGAUGAUUAGCGAACCUGUAAGUUGCAAAGGGCCUGACACCACAUGUGCUGUUUUAGAGCACUAAAUCAGAAGAAAACAAAGCAAACUGCGACACAAAGCAACUUUAAAACAGAUGAAAGACGAGUAUAUGAGUCUGCAAAGGGAUUUAGGGGCAUUUCCAGGACUUUGCACUCCACAAAAUGAGAAAACAUGGAGCAGUGAAACGAGUGAAAUGGGCCGGACAGCGCCUUUGACACAGACACCCUUUAGGAGCAAUAUUUCAUAUAAAAUCCAGAUGAAAUAUGAAAACUUCUGAAACUGUGGGCCGACAUGCAUAAAGCUGCUCCUUUUUCACCAUUGAAACAGUUUUGGACGUCUACAGGAGCAUCACAAAAACGUAUUCACUCUAGUAGCAGGUUUUCUAUUAUGUCUACUUGGCGUGGUCAGGACGCCGUGUCUGAUCAAGAGGUUUUCGGAUACUCUGCAUGGAUGAGGUCACACGGUUAAGAGUGAAUUCUGCUCUACAUGAGAAAAUCCUGAAUUGACAGGUUAUUAGGUUGAUUUUCUGCUGUUUCUCUUUCUUCAUUGAGCUAUUUUUUCUCCAGAAUAUAAAUGGUUAAAAAACAAAAGAGAAAAUAAAAAGCCUUAAAAGUGUUUGUUGUUCUUAAACAUUUAUGUGUUACCAGUGAAGGAAAAAAACCCAUAGAAAACUCUAAGGAGAAACCUUUAUUUUAAUGGCACUAUAAUACCUACAUCUAUUUGUAUUUUCUCAUUGCAUCUAUGGUCUACGAUCGUGUGAUUUUAGUUAUAUUUUUAUCUUCUUAGUUCUUUAGAAAAAUGAUUGGUCUAAAUAUAUGGAAACAGAAUACAUGUUAGCUGGUAAUGUCCGGAUUAAAAGACAGGUUCAAGGAGGAGAAGAGGUGGCCAAAUAGUUUUAAAGGCGUGGAUUUCUGUCCGGGAGAUUAUGUAAGAUCCACCAGAAACUGACUCUUGGUUCCUUUUGUUUACUCCACGAUGCUCCCUAGGUGCUGCUCUCCAACUGAUGGUUAAAUGCAUACAUUUUGUUGUAAUGUACACUUGCAAUAACGAAAAAAAAGCUGAUUUUCAUUUACUUUAAACCAAUAAGUACUGUGUAGGCCUACUCAUUUCUAUUGAAAUUUAUCAUAAAAUAUUUUUUUUACACUC